AUGAUAGCGUAUGCAAGUUCCCUGUUGGUGCUUUUUUACGCACUCUACCAAAAUGUUUCCUCUGGAAUACAAAUAAAUGGGGAAAGGAAAAUAGAGAACCACCAGGAGGCCGAAGAGUUUAAUGUUGAUGAUAUCAAUGCGUGGAUGAAGUUAGACGAUGAAAACUUUUUAAAAACAUGGACGAAAAAUGUGUCAGAUAUAUCCUUCAUGGAAACUAAAUCUGUCAAAAGUGGGGGUAGUGAGGACGGAGAUAGGGCCUCUACUGGAUCAGGAAAAGGGUCCAACGCAGAUUGGAACUUCAUGUCCCAACAGAGCGAAAAGGCAAAAUCGACUAAGACCAAGUCGAACUCGGGAGAAUCGGACUCCAGCUCUUCCGGGGGAAAAUCGGGACACAAAUCUCCAGCCAGCAUACAUUCAGACUAUACGGCCUAUGACAGUGGCAUGACCUCCAGUGUGGGCAGCAGAGCGUUUGAAAAGGAAAUGUAUGAAUUUGCACUUUCACACCCCAUGGAAAGGUUGGGUAAAGAAAUGGAUAUUUUGAAAAAUGAAUACAUAAAAGUGAAGGAUGAAGAGCAAAAAGUUUUGAAUGAUGAACAUAAAGAGAUUGAAGGAAAGAGAAAAGAAGAGCGAUUAAAAAUGCUGGCAGAGAGUGACGGGGUAGAAAGCCAGUCUAAUGAAGAAGAGAAUUUUGUAAAAAAAGAUUAUACAGAUACCAAAAUUAGGGGUGGAUUCACAGAAUUUUUGAGCAAUUUAAACCCAUUUAAAAAAGAAAUCAAGCCAAUGAAAAAGGAAAUAUCCAUGGUUAUCUAUACUCCCGAGCAAAUUGUAAACAAGGAAAUGAUCAUGAAGGAAUUAGACAUAUAUCAUAAAUAUCAACCCUACCCACCGACCAUUCUUCACACUUGCCCAAACAGUAUGUUCUUCUUUGACGGCAUUGAAGGCUUACGACGUGAAUUAGAGAGAGGUAAUGAAAAGGAACUCGUUACAAACAAAAUCAUAGACCAUAAUAAUGAAUGCAUGAAAAAUUUCGGAUUAUUCGAUUUCGAAUUACCAGACAAUAAAACAAAAUUUGGAAAUGUGAUUGGUUCCCUUGGUGAGUACCAUAUCAGGCUGUACGAAAUUGAGAAUGAUUUGCUAAAAUAUCAAUCGGGUUUAGACUACCUCUCCCUUGCAGAUGAUUACAAGUUGGUACACAACGAUAUAAGCACUUUAGAAAAUAUCAAUUUUUGUCUAUUAAAUCCUAAAACCUUGGAAGAUUUUCUCAAAAAAAAUGAAAUCGUGAAACUUAUGGGAGAAGAUCCUGUUGCCUAUGAAGAGAAAUUCACAAAAUAUAUGGAAGAGUCGAUAAAAUGUCAUUUGGAAUCUUUAAUUUAUGACGAUCUGGAUUCAUCACAGGAUAUUAAAAUUGUGCUGAAAAAUGUCAAGUCGAAGUUAUACUUGCUUCAAAAUGGGUUAACUUCCAAAAGCAAAAAAUUAGUUAACAAACUCUUUAACGAUAUCCAGAAAGAACCAGAAGCCGUUUUCGAAAAACUUACAUGGAUUUUUGAAAAUAUGUACCACUUAAAAAGAAACUACACCUUUUUUGCCUUCAAAACGGUUUGUGACAGAUUUGUUACUCAUCAUAAUAUCUACAACUCCAUCCAAAAAAUGACUUCCUAUAUUAUGGAGCAUGCUCGACUUUACGGGGCAUGCUUUAAAAACCUCAUCGUUUACAAUGCAGUCAUAUCGGGAAUACACGAACAGAUGAAAAAUUUAUUUAAAUUAAUGCCAAGAACUGGGUUACUGGUUGAUAUUCACUUCGAUGCGUUACUACAAAAUGAGAAUAAAAAAAUUACACGAACGGAUUAUGUCCUCAAUGAGUACGAUCCUACUAUCAAAGCUUAUGCCCUUACCCAGUUGGAAAGACUACCUAUGGUUAGCGUCAUUAACAGUUUCUUCGAGGCAAAGAAAAAAAAACUAUCAAGAAUGAUUGCUCAGAUGAAGCUAGAUUUAUUUUCACUUGCAAAUGAAGACCUUAAAAUUCCAAACGACAAGGGGCCCACUUCCAAAUUGACUGCCAAACUUAUCAGUCUAUACAAAGAGGAAAUUAAAAAGUACUUCAAGGAAAUGCGUGAUGAUUAUGUUUACCUCAUAAAGACACGCUACAAGGGUCACUACAAGAGGAACUACUUGCUCUACAAGAGAUUGGAGUAG